CUGCGGCAGGGUGCGGACUCGUCACUCACGUUGCGAAUCGUCGUGCGAAGAAGUUAUUCACUAUCCUUCUGAGGAAACAUUUUUCAUAUUCGGAAACAAAGAAAAGAAACUAAAAGAAAACUAAAAUGGCCAAAGCACCUGCAGUUGGUAUUGAUCUCGGCACAACCUACUCUUGCGUUGGUGUUUUCCAACACGGAAAGGUUGAAAUCAUCGCUAAUGAUCAAGGAAAUCGUACAACGCCCAGUUAUGUUGCAUUUACCGAUACCGAGCGUCUCAUCGGAGAUGCCGCAAAGAACCAAGUUGCUAUGAAUCCCAACAACACCAUCUUUGAUGCCAAAAGACUGAUCGGGCGUCGUUUCGAAGAUCCUAUUGUCCAGACUGAUAUGAAGCACUGGCCUUUCACCGUCGUAAAUGAAGGCGGCAAACCAAAAAUUCAAGUCCAAUACAAAGGAGAGACGAAGACUUUCUUCCCAGAAGAAGUAAGCUCCAUGGUUCUAGUGAAGAUGAAGGAAACUGCAGAGGCAUAUUUAGGAAAGAACGUCACCAAUGCUGUCAUCACCGUUCCUGCUUACUUCAACGACUCGCAGCGUCAGGCAACCAAGGACGCUGGUACCAUCUCGGGCUUAAAUGUAUUACGUAUCAUCAACGAGCCCACCGCUGCGGCCAUUGCUUAUGGUUUGGAUAAAAAAGCAUCAGGCGAGCGAAACGUCCUUAUCUUUGAUCUUGGCGGUGGCACCUUCGAUGUCUCAAUUCUAACGAUCGAAGAUGGCAUCUUCGAGGUCAAGUCCACGGCUGGAGACACCCAUCUUGGCGGUGAAGAUUUUGACAAUCGAAUGGUCAAUCAUUUCGUACAAGAAUUUAAACGCAAAUACAAAAAAGAUCUUACUUCGAAUAAGCGUGCAUUAAGACGUCUGCGCACAGCUUGCGAAAGGGCGAAGCGUACCCUUUCUUCAUCAACCCAAGCAAGUAUCGAAAUUGAUUCCUUGUACGAAGGUAUUGACUUCUAUACUUCCAUCACGAGAGCACGUUUUGAAGAACUCUGUGCAGAUCUAUUCAGGAGCACUCUUGAACCAGUAGAAAAAUCUUUACGCGAUGCCAAGAUGGACAAGGCACAAAUACAUGACAUCGUCCUCGUUGGUGGUUCCACCAGAAUCCCCAAAAUUCAGAAACUUCUACAAGAUUUCUUUAAUGGAAAGGAACUCAACAAAUCCAUCAACCCCGACGAGGCCGUAGCCUAUGGCGCGGCAGUACAAGCUGCCAUUCUUCAUGGAGACAAAUCUGAGGAAGUUCAAGAUCUUUUACUCCUUGAUGUCACUCCAUUAUCUCUUGGUAUAGAGACCGCUGGCGGUGUCAUGACAGCUCUUAUUAAGAGAAACACCACUAUUCCAACGAAACAAACUCAAACCUUUACUACCUAUGCCGACAAUCAACCUGGCGUAUUGAUUCAGGUAUAUGAGGGUGAACGUGCUAUGACCAAGGACAACAAUCUUUUGGGUAAAUUCGAACUUAGUGGAAUUCCACCAGCACCACGAGGUGUACCGCAAAUCGAAGUUACCUUCGAUAUUGAUGCCAACGGUAUCCUUAAUGUCUCUGCUGUGGACAAAUCUACUGGCAAGGAGAACAAAAUCACAAUUACCAAUGACAAGGGACGUCUUAGUAAGGAAGAUAUUGAGAGGAUGGUUAACGAAGCUGAAAAAUACCGCAGCGAGGAUGAGAAACAAAAAGAAACCAUUGCCGCUAAGAACAGUCUUGAGUCUUACUGCUUCAAUAUCAAGAGCACUGCUGAAGAUGAGAAACUUAAGGAUAAGAUUAGCGCCAGUGAUAAACAACUUGUCUUGGACAAAUGCAAUGAAAUCAUUAAAUGGCUCGAUGCUAAUCAGCUGGCUGAUAAGGAAGAAUAUGAACAUAAGCAGAAAGAACUUGAAUCCAUCUGCAAUCCCAUCAUCACGAAAUUGUACCAAGGAGCAGGUGGCAUGCCCGGUGGAAUGCCAGGUGUUUUCCCUGGUGCAGGCGGCGCUGCUCCUGGUGGAGCUCCUGGUGGUGGAAGCGCUUCUGGACCUACCAUCGAAGAAGUCGAUUAAAGGAAAAAUUGUUCCCACUUGCUACUGCCCAUUCUCAAAAAUAUGUACUUGAAUAAAAGAACAUAGAACAAUUACAAGCAACUUUUUUUUGUUAUAUUUUUUUUUCUUAUUUUUAUUUUUAACAUUCUUCAGCAUAAACAACUUUUUAAACGUAUAUCUUUUCAGUACCUGUUACUUUCUUCUCACUUUAUUUAUUUAUUUAUUACUUAAGGUACUUAGGUAAUUUAUAAUAAUUAAAUUUGUAUAAUAUCUUUACAGUGAUGAUAGUAUCUCUACACUGUAUUAUAACAAUUGUAAGUCUCGUGAAGAUUUGUUAAAGUUUCUAUGUUCCCAAGAAUUGCAUUAAAUACAGAACCAUUUUCCGAAACCUA